AAAAAACCUAUCAUAGUCAAAGACUUCAUGCCACCUUGCCCUGUGUCGGUGAAGCUUCUUCUUCCUCUUCUUCCUUUGUUUCCAUUCUUCCAAGCCAACAGACUUCAGAUUCCCACCAUUUCCGGUGCCUUUUUUUAUCAAUAUCCGGCGAAGAUAUAGCAUCCAUUUCUACAUUUUUAAACAAAAACCCAAAAACCAAAAUCAAAAUCUCCAUUAUUGAACUUGAAUCAAUCCCACUUUCUCCUGAAACCCCUCGUGUCCAUUCCCCUCCUUCUCUUAAAUUAGCAAUCCCAAUCUUCCAUAUUUGACGCUGCCUUGCUUCGCUGUAAGGCUCUUUCUCCGCAUCGGAUCUGGGAUUUUCUCGCUUCCAUUUGAAGGGGGAAGGGGGAAAGAAAGGAAGGGAGCUUCAUGCUUAGUGAACCAUUAUUGGUUGAGGAAAGCGGUGUGAGCCGUGUAGGGCAAGGGAGAUUGCAUUGAGGAAGCUGUCUUCCAUUUGAUUGCAAGUUAAACUGGAAAGUGUUGUUUACUUGAUGAAGCUAGAAAUAAUUGUGGUCGAGUUUCACCCUGUGAAUCUAAAUAUAUAAAGAGGAGAGUUGUUUCGUGUGAUGGGUUGAAUAGGGAGAUUCAAAUUUGGUUGAAACUAUUGUUGCCUUGAUCAUUUGGAGCCUGGAGAGGGGAUUGGAAAUUUACUUGGUUUUGGUUGGUUGUUAUGGAUCAUAAGGGUCUGAGAGAUAAAGAUUGUGAAAUCGAUCUUGAAAGUGGGGUGAUAGUUAGUGAAGAGGAUUCAAGUGAUAGCUCUGUUGCAAGUGUCAAAAAACAGGCUAAGACACUGCUAGCGAAGGUGUAUGGUGGUUUUUCUGAUAGUUCAGUUAAUGCUGAAGAUAGGGUUGUUUUUUGUGGCAAUGGCUUCAACUCCAAUGGGGUCUGCCCUGAGAAUUUGAAGUCGGCGACAAACAAGACGCUGGAUGGAAAUGGUGGUAUGGAUCAUACAGAGAAGACUCGGUCGAAAGAUAAGCGAAAAAAAACGAGCAAUAAAAAACCUCCUAAACCUCCCAGGCCUCCAAGAGGCCCGUCUUUGGAUGCUGCUGACCAGAAGCUAAUCAAGGAACUCUCUGAGAUUGCAAUGUGGAAACGUGCAAGGGUUGAGAGGAUGAAGGCCUUGAAGAAGAUGAAAGCUGCCAAGGCAUCAUCAUCCAAUAGCAAUGUAUAUGCUAUGGUGUUCACUGUUCUCUUUUGUGUAGUGCUGAUCUUCCAAGGAAUUUCAUCUAGCAGAAGCUCAACUGUAGGCUUUGAGGGUUCUCCUUUGUCUGCAGGAAGAACGCAGGGCAGUUUGAUCUCAAUUCAGUUCUUUCCAAAUCCGUCAUCAAAUGCCCCGAGCGGACCUGGUUCCGAGUCUCCCAAUAUGGUAGAGCAGGUUGCUGGUUCAGAUCAGCAUGAGAAGUUGAAAAGAUGGGCGUGAUGAUAUACUAAUCUUGUUGCCUAGUCUGCGUUGAAGAACAAUUUUCCAUGGUGCUUUGGAUCCUCGUGGAACCAUUGUUGCUUGCACUUUUUGUACGCAUCUAUUGAAGCUUGAUCAUGCCGGGUAGUUUAUCCCCUCUCUGUACAUUAAAAUGAAAAUAUGGGGGAGAAGGCUAGAGAGAGUGAGGAAGAGAGAUAGUGACAGAGAGAGCACCAUACAGCUUUUUUUAGUGUGUUUUGUAGUUGUUGUCAAAUGCACACUUUUGCAAAUAAGUUUUUUACCUGUUUAAUAUCCAAUUUUGGAAUCUGAGUAUGUUCCCUUUCCAGAGCCGAGAGAAAAGAAAUCCCCCUUCAUAAAAGCUGUAGAAAAUCAAGUGACCCAACGCUACCCACUUUUCUUUUUUGGAAUUGAUUUAUGGAAAUUAUUGCCAGUUGGUAAUAUAC